CUUUCUACUCAGCCACAAGCUGACUGGGCACGUUCAUCCCCUGUGCUCCUCCAUCCUCCUGCCCUCAUCGUAAACGCCAAUAUGCACGCCGAAGAUUGUUUUGCGUGCAACCUCGAUGUCACAGAUCGCCUUCUGGCUUCUCUCCCCUCCUUUUCUUCCCUCCGAUCCACCCUCCUCGCCUCCAAGUCCGCCUACAACGUCUUCAAUGCCCGGCCACUCCACAUCCUCAGCGAAGUCGCGUACAACCACAUCGGCCCGGCAUUGCCCCAGGCACUCCGUCUCGUGCGCUCAUAUGACGCUCAGAAGCGCCCAAAGGUAGUACCUUCAGAGGAGGAGUGCGUCGAAAACUCGCGGAUCACCUGGGAAGAAGCUCAGCUCCUCGCCCAUGUCAACAAGAUCAUUUGCGGUCUAGAAGACCUCUUCAGCUUCAGGGAGAAGGAUCGCACGUCGCGGACAUCACAGCUAACAUCCCAAGAAUCCACGCGCUUCCAACGCGCCGUCUACAGAAUAUGGCUUUUCUCAGUCCUCUACGGCAAUGCAAGGUUGACAGGGUGCGAACAAGAGAGCCACAACUUCGUCCAGGAACCUGCACUCGCCUUCCUCUCCGCAUUCUCUACCACCGAGCUCCGGGAGAUCGAGCGCGUCGCGCGCUUCCUCAAGCGUGCCGUCGCCUCUGCAGUCGAGAACACCGAGAACUACGAGCUAACCAUCGACUCCAUCCUCACCUGCGGCCCACCGUGCAUCCUCACCGCGGCCGCUCGCAAGGCCCACAUGCCCGACAAGGCCCAUCUCUCUUCCGGCCGACGUGGUUUCCUCACGGACACGCUCCACCAGAUCUGGGUCGAGCGCGGCGUCCGGCCCACCUGGCACUUUGCCGGCGCGGGCGUCCUGCUCGACAGCGUCAACGGCGCGAAGGACCGCUGUGCGCGCUGCAACGCCGUCAAGGGGCUCAGCCUGUUCAACCCCACGAAUUGGGAUCUCCUCGGCGCGUACGUGGCCCCCGUCGAGACGAAGCUGCAGCAGCUCGGGCUGAUCGAGACGGAGCCGUCGGAGCUGCCGCCGCCGCCGCGUGCGCUGGUGUCGUACCCCGAGUACAUGGACGCGAUCUACGGUAUGCGCGAUCGCGAUGCGUACAAGAGCUGGCAGCGCGACGACUGGAUGUGCACGCGCUGCGUCGAGGAGGCUGUCAUGGUGCACCUCCCCGCGUGGUGGGCACAGCAGUAGCCUUAUCCUGUUGCUGUCCGUUCUUGCCUUUGCUUUGCUUCAGAUGUUUAUGUCUACUUUACACUGCGUCUAAUCUGCACAAUGUACUACUAUACGCAUCGUCACGAUCAUCUUUUUUCUUUCGUUUCUUUUUUGCUGCGAGCGAUCACAAUAGGUUUUCUAUCUUGCGUGCGCUCGGGUAUUAGGUUAGGGUACCCAGGGCUGUAUAUAUUGGUGAUGGAGAUGUUCUGUACUAUACUAUCGAUGUUGGGGAGAAAUGUGGUUGGGCAUUAUACUGACA